UGUAUCCAGGUGUGUUCCUGCUGGCGGACAUGGGGCUGGUUUACUCAGAGCCGGCUUGUCAGUCAGCGUAUGAUGGAGACGUCCAUCAGCUGUAUCACCUCCUCAGACAAGAUCCAUCCCAACUGAACAUUCAGGAGGAGUACACCGGGGACACACCCCUCAUUGCAGCCUGUCGACAUGGAAACCUGAGAGUGGUCCAAUACUUGCUGGAAAAUGGGGCGGAUGUCCACCUGACCAAUAAGAAACAGAGGACUUGCCUUCACUACGCUUCCAAGAGGAGUUUCUCCCUGCUGGAUUAUCUCAUGAUCGCCAUCCUGAUGCCCAUCCUGCUGCUCGGGUACUUCCUCAUGUUACAGAAACAGAGGCAGAACGUGGCUUUAAUGCGGGUCUUGCUGGACAGCGACGUGAAUGUCGAUGCUGUCGACUACAAGGGAAACACAGCUCUUCAUUACGUCUGUCAGAAGAAAAGUCAUCGUCUGGUUCCUCUGCUGCUGGAAAGAAACACCAACACUGACGUCCAAAACAAUGACGGAGAAACGCCGCUGGACAUCGCCACCAGACUGAAGUUCAAGAAGAUCGUUAACAUGCUGAAAAAGACACACUGACAGACAGACAGACAGACAGACAGACAGGAGGACAUAAACAUCACUUUAGUAACUGAGUCUCACGUUCUUAAAACAAGUGAAAAAGUCUGUCGGUGCACGAAAAUUUCGUUGAGCUCAUGUCCUCAGUAUUUCUACGUGGCAGCCCAGAGAAGGCUUUUACCCAGCACUUAUAAUAGAAGAAAAAAAGUUAAUGUUAUUUUUUGUCGGUCCUAAAUCCAGUAGCCCAAAGCUAGUCUUGUGCUAACGUUAGCGUUCACUCAGUACAUCAUCAGUAAAUUAAAGCAGGCUGCUCACUAACUACUUCUUCCAGAUCAGUUGUUAUGAAUACUUCCAUCCACUAACUGCAGGUGUAGCUGUCGUGUAGCUGACUGAACCAACUGACUAAGCAAACGCUAGCAUGCUAGUAUUUAGAGUAAAUAGCUAAUCUGGAGCACAGUCGACAUAUCUGAGCUGAAACUUGAUAAAUAAUUUAAUAAUGAUUCAAUCUGUAACAUUUUUAAAUGACAAUUUUCGCUAAAAUGACACAACAAACCUUAAAUUACCAAAUAUUAUGCUAAUAACAUCUGACUAAAUGAGUAAAUAGCGUCAGAUAUCUUAGCAUCCGCAUUAGAAACUGUAUGAAUGCAACUAAUUGUGAAACACAGAUUUUCCAUUUAUGCAGACAGAAAUAAAAAACAUCUAAAGAUUGCUUGCAAAGAUUUAUCUGAAACAGUUGAUUGCUGUUGAUUGGACACCAAAUGAACAAGAGAAUAAAUCAAUUACAUGACAUUAGAAACAAAACAAAUGUAUUAACUGGAUAUUAUAUGUAUUAAUUGAAUUUAAUGUAUAAUUGAAAUAAAUGAAAGACAAGUAUUUACUUUAGACUUAACUUUUUCUUAGUAGGAGGUUGGAAAUUUUUGAGUUCCAAGUUGUCUGGAAGAAAUCAUAAGUCCUAUGGUUUUUAGUUUGCAGUUUAGUUGAAUUUUCCUGAAAUAACUUCUCCUUUCAAAUAAAUCUGCUGGAAAAUGUAACACAGCUUUUUUUGUGCAAACAGGAUGAAAUAUUGUUACACACUGGCAUAUUCUUUCUCUCGCUUUAACAAAAGCUGUCAGGACUCAGUUAUUGACCGAAAUUACUUGAGAAGAUGGAGAAAGUGCAGUGAAUCUGUAAACACGUCUCCUCUGUACCGUUACAGGACCUUUCCAUUGUGACUGGAGGUUUUUGUUGCUCAUUUUCACAAAAGUUUUGAAUGUCAUGUCAUUAACUGAACACAUGAAAAAACAGAAAAGUAAAAAGGCUAAAUUAGGCUAACAGUUUCCCUCUACUUCCAGUCAUGGUGCUAAGCUAGGCUAACAGUUUCUCCCUGCCUCCAGUUGUUGUGCUAAGCUAGGCAGUUUCCUGGUCUGCAUGCUAGCUGUUUAUGAUGACACUGGCCAGUGGUUUUAUAAUGCUAAGCUAGGCUAACCAUGCCCUCACACCAGCUCUACUAAACACAGACGUGAUGUUGAUGUUCACGUGAAGAUCAACAGAAACUAUGAUCACAGUGAAACUGUUCGGACACAAGAAUGUAAGAUAGCGAUCAUUUGAUACAUUUCAAAUUCAAAAAUCUAAACUUAAAUUGUCUUUAUUUCAGAACAAAAUAAAGUUGGUUGUUAA